AUGGCCAAAGGCAGCGGCAAAUCCUCAGCCACGUCUGGCACGCGAAAGAAACAUGCGAAGAAGGCUGCAGGAAAUGUCGAGCCUGAAGCUGGUCCGAUGAAGGAAAAACGGGCGAAGAACAAGGAGAAGGGCAAAGGAAAGAAGGAGCCGAGGCAGAAAGUGUAUAUUCCUCCUGUGAAGCCUGCUCCGGUACAGCCAGAUCCUUUGGAGACAACGGGAAUAGCGCAUCAACUGCCGCCGGAACUAUUGGUCGUUCUACGAAGUCUAGGGAAGAAGGCUGUGGUGACGAAGGGCCGGGCGCUGGAGGACCUCCAGUCAGGAUGGAUAGAGAGGGCACUGGCAGGCGAUGAGGACCUGAUACCGACACUGCAUAUCAUGUUUCCAGUUUGGAUGCACCAUGUAUCAGCGCUGUUUCUCCAUCCUUCACGACGGAUCCGACAAUUGACGGCAGAUCUACACAAAUCAUUUGUUAUGCUGAUGAAAGAAGCUAUCCUUGCCCAUUUUGACGCCUGUUCGACUCGCGAGGCGGAGUGGAUCCUGGGAAGUUGGUGUAUGGCAGCACACGAUGUCGACCGUGGUGUGGCAGCAUCGGCAGUGUCGUCGUGGCGAAGUUUUAAUGAUGCUUCAGGCAAGCUGUUAUUGAACGACAAGGAGAACGGAUUGUUUUCGUGUCUUGGGGCAUUCGUGUAUCGAACAGCGAUGGAUCCGCUUGCUAUCUAUCUGGACUUGAAUCCUCUGCCACCCGCUCCACCGCCACCCACUAAAGGCGCGUCAAGGAAGGUAGAGCCAGAACCAACGCCAAGAUUAAAGUCCGAGGAUUUAGAAGAAGAUGAGCAGGAUAGGAAAGCUCGGAUACGAGUUGGCGCGUAUGGAGCAAUCCGGUGGAUAACUGAUAAUGUCGAAACGGAGAUUCACGAACAGCUUUCAAAUCCUGUCUUUUGGUCGGCAUUGCACUAUAAAGAGUCGGCUUCGUACGUCUCGGCGAACGAAGAAUGUUUCGGGUACGGCCAACCUGCCGUUCGGAAAGCAGCCUGGGCACUUGUUCAAGCUCUUUUGCGACAUCCAAUCGAAGCACAGCUAUCCACGUUAAGCGCGGCUAUUCUCCACUCUGCUUGGGUCGAGCCGGAUACAACUGUUCAUGCUAUCAUGUGGCAGCCCCUACUUCGCUUCCUGAAAGAUCAUUCCAACGCGUGGGAAUUGGCCGACAGGAUUAACCUCGAAGAGGACGGUUCGAGUGACGAAGAAGACGAGGAGCAACAUUCUCCUGUGAAAGCUCGCCCCGCAUACGACGAGUUUUUGCAGUUUCUCCAACUUGGGUGCUCAGGGUCCCCAAUACAGGGCUACCCAACGGUGGUUAUCAUCAUAUCGACGAUACCUUCUUCGACAUUCGCUUCGACGUCAUCUGUAUCACCCUUGACAGAUUUUUUCAUGUCAUUUUGGGCUGCCAUUGAUGGUCGCGCGCUUAGUGGCUUGAAUCGGGCCAAGGCAAGCGGAGCGUUUUUGGAGUCACUUUAUGAGUGUAUGGUGUUCCUGCUGAGAAGGGUUCAUCGCGAUGCAGGACACGCUUCGUUGUUGUUGGGUGCUGAGGCGAAGAUGGAGGAACUGGUGGAGGACCAGCUCGUGAGGACGUUCAAGGCACUGGAAGACCGGACGUUGAAAGUAGAGGAGAAGAACUUGUGUGGUACGGUGGCGAAGACUCUGGUUUCGUUGGAGGCUAUCAAUCAUGACUUGUACCAGUCUGCUUGGAGGGUGUUGAGCCAGAUCAUCAAGGAUUCAGGGUCAUCGAUCGCACCCUGCCUCCUUAGGACGCUCCUUGAUCGAUUCCCAGAUGACUCAGAGCUAUAUGCAGCGUCGCGUGCAUUGUUGCGUGAGGUACUUCGGUCAGCAACCGACGACUGGGAGCGCAGCCUCAAUCAAACAUCAGAGGAUUAUCGACCCGGAAAUGGCAUACAAACACUUGUUGGCAUGCUCAACGUCUUUGGACCGCACCUGUUUAGUAACAAUCCGGAAUUCGCAUCGAAACUCGAUGCUCUCGCCAGCCAACACGCAUACCUUACCCUGACCCGUUCCGAGCCUUUCUUCUUCGCUUAUCUUUCUCAUAGAAACGAUGAUACCGUACGCAAAGUUGUCUGGAAUAGCACCUUGGACGGCAUUGGACAGCAUGCGAAUACUCUCUCGUCAUCAAUAAAGCGGCUGCUGGAUGCUAGGGUGAAUAUCAAUACGUUGGGAACGCAGCUUGAUGCCCCGAUCCACCAGUUAUUUGUAGAGUCGUUACACAAACCCUCAAAUUCGUCAGAGGUUUCCCUCAUGCAGCAAGUACUACAAAAGCCAGGUCUCGUCCUGUCGAAGAAUGGGUUAGACUCUCUGAUACAAACCCUAGGGUCCGUCUUUACAGCCGACAUCAAUGUAGCGCUUCGUUCUGGGAGUGAAUGCCGCAGUAUAUUUGAUACGUUGCUGGUGUUGUUAUCGACGGCACUAUUCUCUCCACCUCGAUUCACCAGUUCGCCGACUUUGCUCGCUGUCGAGGUUCUACCAUACGUCUUCCUUCUCGGAUACGUCCUUCCCAAAUCCAUCUCGUCUCUCGACGGCAGUGCUGCGCAAGCACUGUGGGCCCGUUUCAUAGAAGAUCAGGGAUCAAAUCACUUUGACCAGACUGCCGUUUUCUCUGGAAUACGGGACCUGCUGAAGACGAUCGUGGUCGAUACGCGAAUGCGGCCAAGUCCUGAGCAUGUUUUGCACGCACUAUCGGAAGCGGCGCUGAAAGAAGUGAUAGCUCCUUUGUCAUUUCUUCCAUCAGUACCUGAACUCGAUAGGAUGCUAGAUGAUCUAUCAUCAGAUCCUAUACACCCUGCUCUCGCCGUUCUCGACCCUUUAAUUCCCCCAGGGGAGUACACAGAGAUCGACUCACCAGCAUGCGAUUCUCAUGGAUUCUCGUCCUAUGCCCGGCUUGUCAGCUUGCUUCUGUUCGCAUUCAUGGAGGACCGACAGGGCGCUAGACGGAAUACAUGGGCGCUUCGGCAUCUGUUAGCGCUUUCGUUAUAUGCGGAAGACUAUAAUGCCUACCCCAUAGGGUCGAGUCCGGUGUUUCGGAAAGCUUUGAUUGACUUGGAAGGGCUGAUCCUCAAAUUGCAGCAGAUCUGCACGUAUCUGUUGACUUCUGCGUCGGAUGACGGGUGGAGGCUGAAGGUUUUGGAUGCCGUGACAAACGUACGACCACUUGAUGAGGUGGAUCCACCUUUGGCUCUGUUUUUGAGGGAUCAGAUCGUAAAGGCACGGAAAAGCGAUGAGACGAGGGAAGCUCGUAUCCUUGGUCGUGUGCUGCUGCACGUUCUGCACGACGCUGAUAAGGCGGAAGCAGAUCGAUGGAUCGUUUUUGCUAGGAGUAUCGAGCGAAUAGCACCGGAAACAUCUAUGGCUAUUGUCCAUGCUGUGACUGAAGUAGCACCGGAGCCCCCACGUCUUGACAGGUACCGGAACGAGCUUGCGGCAUCCUUGUUGGGUGUCCCGCCAGCGAAGGCGAACACUGAAGGCCUGAUUACGCUGCGCAAGUUGGCAGCUAGCGCACCUCCCGUGGACUCAGACGUUGUAUAUCUCCCCCAGCAACGGGCACUGAAUGUGGUCAAGACGUGUGAGAAGUGGAUUGCGUCGGACGAGGAUCUAGAUGAGGAGGUCGAGAGUGCGAUGACGUGGACGUUCUUCCAUCUCGCCCCAAUUCUUCAGAACCUCGAAGGAUCACACUGGGAGUUCAUGUUCGAUGUGGUGGAGAACAAUCUCGAGAACUCUGCUUUUGAUGACGAUGCCACUUUUGUUUCAUUAGCACAUACAUUGAAGCUGAUUCUUGUGAUCAAGGAUCUCACGUCGACGAAUAAAGUCCUUCGCGAAGAUUGGCAGACACGGCGACUACCCAUUCUCAAAUUGGUUCGAGAUUUGGCAUCAUCACGAUUGGACGAACAUGCUUCUGCACCCAGGUCUCGAUGUUUAGAGCUUGUUCUUGCUGUGGUACAAGAUUUGCCCGCGGAUCUGAUAGAUCAUGAUACCCUGCCCAAGGUCAUCUUCAUUCUAUGUCCGAGGAUUUCUAUGUGCCACCUUGUCAUGGAUACUGGGACUGAGGUGCAAAAGAAGGCAUACAUGCUUCUACAGCAGGCGGCCUACAAGCGCACGCAACACAUGGUGGUCGAAGCCGCAGUCGAUACUGAGAAUACCUUCAAGGCCGAGCUGCCGCCUGAAUUGCUCAUUAUCCUCCAGCAGGCCAUUAACUUUGACGAUGCAGACUCAUUCGAGCACCUAAACAACAAAUUUGGUUACUUGCUGGGCUGGAUGGUCGUCUUUGAUCUGUUCUUUGGAUCGUCCUUAAAAGUUAAAGCAAGCUAUAUCGAUCAGUUGCGAAGUUUGGACAUCAUCGCCACGUCAUUCAUGCCUAUGGUGUUGGGCACUCUUAACCUGGAUCAAGGCGCCAACAAGGUGUACAAGCUAGAUCUGUGGGCUGUGGACGAGUACCACGUCGAACUCUACGAACCCGACGAAGCUUUUACCUUACAGGUUCUCGCUGCAUACCUGUUUUAUCGAGCUCUAUUGGAUAUUCCCUCGCUGAUACACAGCUGGAUACUCGACUGCAAGGACCGCGAGCUUUCCUCGACCAUCGUCUCUUACACAUCGACACAUUUCUCUCCUGUCAUCAUUCGCACGGAGUUGGUGCAUGUCAAGAGCUCCGAGGCUGCGACGGAACUGGAGGACGAUACGUUCAAGAUCAAGGUGGCGCCUAAUAUAAACGAGGUCGUUGCAUCAUACCUCGUAGACGAGCACCAGCUUGAGAUGAAGUUGAAGAUUCCAACAGAUUGGCCUCUACAUAAAAUCGAGGUCAAGGACAUCAAGCGGAUAGGCGUUGACGAGCAGCAUUGGAGGGCUUGGAUGCUCGGUGUUCAGCAGACGAUCUGGGCAAGUGAACUGGCUAAUGGGCGGAUUGUCGAUGGUUUAGGCUUGUUCAAGAAGAAUGUUACAUUGCACUUCGAAGGACAAGUGGAGUGUGCCAUCUGCUACUCUAUAAUAAGCGUCAUGGAUGGCACCCUCCCCCAGAGACCCUGUAAAACGUGUAAAAACCGCUUCCAUGGGGGAUGCCUAUAUAAGUGGUUCAAUACGAGCCAUUCGUCAAGCUGUCCUUUAUGCCGAUCAGAUAUGUUUUAG